AUGCGGGCUUUGAAAGAAGCAAGGGAAAGGGUAAGGAUGGUUAGAUUUGGCCAACAAAAUGUGGAGUUGGAAACGAAAGCGAUAAUUUGUAAGAUAUGGGCAAUGAUGACGGAGAAGGGAAGCAAAGGAAUGAAAAGCAAGAUGAUGGAAGAACGGGAAGGAGAAGGAAAAUGGGCGAUUCGGUCUUGA